AUGAUAGCUAAACCAGUCGGACCCGCAUCACGAAUCCGACCCGCACCUGAAAACGAAUUCGGGUCAAGCCCAUUAAGAAACAAAAGUCCAAAUCACUCGAAAAGAAGUUUCACCGUCGUUGUGUCUCUCUCCCUCUCAGAGGAGUCUCGCUCUCAUCACAGAGAAUCAGAUAGUUUUUGUAGACUUAGACGAGGUUUUCGCCGGAAAACAAUGGCGGGUUGGCAGAGGAAUCUACAGUUAGCUAUUCGUCAAGUAGGGAGAAGAGUGAAGAACAGUAACAUUUCGGCGGCCAAUUACUCUUCAACUCGGAAUUUAGAAUCCCCUUUCUCACAAGGUUAUUUGCAGGGUCUCCUGAGACCAACCUACUCCUCAAGACCUCUGAAUCAUUAUCUACAACAAGCGGGAAUUUCUACCUCGAGAAACCUGCAGGCUGCUGAAGAACCUGUGUCAUCACCUUUGUCAUCUCCAGCUCUGUUGGGUAGUGGGAAAGAAGAAGAGCAGAAGAUUAUCCCAAAGCGUACAAAAGUGCAGGCUGUCCUCAAGGCCAUAAAGCAGAGUCCUAAGAAGGUCAAUCUAGUUGCAGCAUUAGUGCGUGGUAUGCGAGUUGAAGAUGCUCUGAUGCAGCUGCAAGUCAGAGUUAAACGGGCUUCCCAUACCGUGUACCGGGUUAUCCAUGCUGCUCGAGCAAAUGCUAGUCAUAACCAUGGACUAGAUCCUGACCGUCUCAUCAUUGCGGAAGCGUUUGUUGGGAAGGGACUGUUCAAAAAGAGGAUAUCAAUCCAUGGAAAAGGAAAAUGCGGGUUGAUGGUAAGACCCGAGUGUCGCCUAACGGUCAUAGUUCGAGAGUUGACUUCAGAGGAAGAAGCUGAGAUUGCGAGGCUCAAAGUUCACAACUUUAGGAAGAAAACCAAGCGGGAGAGGCAGCUUGUACCACACAAGCUCAUCGAGACAACUCCUAUCUGGAACCGCAAAGGCACUAAAGCCACUUACCGGUCCUCAGAGUUGGUGCCAUCUCAAUAG